AUGUCACAGACCACCGACCCCGAGGCCGUCGAGGUCAUGCCCGAGAUCCGCACUGAGCAUCAGGCCAUUGCCAGCAGCCGAAAGGUGACGGUCCGCCUCGACGGCGGCGGACAUUCCUCGCCAGCCACGAGCAUCGGCGUCUCCCACGGCGGCAGGAAGAACGCCCUGUCGAUCCAGUUGAACCGCACGAUCCGCGUGCCGGACAACAGAGACACCAACAGCCUCCCCCCGAGCAUGGGGGCAUUCCCCCUCUUCAAGGUCCGCGACCACGCGCACAACAUGCCCGAGAGCAUGGCCAGCAAGGGCGGCGUCUUCUUCCCCAUGUACCAGCGCGAGGCCAUGUGGAUCAACUUCUCUGCCGGCGUGCCCUUCGCCAUCAAGAUCUACGUGGGCGGCGUCAACGCCGUCUCCGGCUUCCCCAUGACGGAGAACGACACGACCAGGGAGAAGAGGCUGCGGAUGCUCAACAGCGACAAGCAGAUCCAGGACUACAUGGUGGUGCCCGAACAGCGGUGGCUCGACGGCAUCGUCUCCGAGGACGGCAAGAUCCGGCAGUUCGUGGCGCAGCCCAAGGGGUCCGGCUUCUCGGUCGAGUUCCAGGUCACCGGGGACGAGAAGGUCGGCGGCAUCCAGGUCGAGCUCAUCCCGAUGAAGAAGAAGCUGCCCGCGGGGUUCGACGUUCGAUACGAGAACAAAGAGUCCAAGGUCGUCACCCGCACCUUCGACCUCGCCGAAAGGGGGCUCACGGCCGAGAGCACCUGGGGCGACGUCAAGGAGCGCAUCCGCGACGAGUUCCACGUCCCCGUCAACGAGCAGAUCCUCGACCACCACGGAGGGCGUGCGACCCUCGGUCACCACCCGAUCGACUUCUCGGACGGCACCAAGCUCGGCGAUACCUACUUCCCGUCCGACUUUUCCACGCUCGGUGUGAGGCAUGGACCGUCCUGGCCGCCGAGCAGGGCGAGGCGCGGAUUUGGAGGCGGCGGCCCCAUGAUGAUGAUGUGCGCGGCCGCGGCUCCGAUGGGCGCGUCGGCCGCUGCGGACGACGGCAUGGCGUACGGGAGUGUCGUCCCCCAAAAGCCCGUCAAGAGCGCCGAGAGCGCCAAGAGCAGGUCGCCACGUGCGGCACCCCCGCCAAAGGUCAAGGAGAUGGGCCUCGCGGCCGGGGGCCUCAUCAACCAGACGAUCGAGGCCGACCAACACCCCGCCGAUGCCUGGGACGUCGAGGCCUCGGUGAUGCUGAACCUCCAGAUCCUAGACGUCGAGUCGUUCUGCGCCGUCACCGGCCAGCCGGCCCCCGACACGCCCGUCGACGCACAGUCGUACGCCGACAGCGGCUACCCCUUCUUUGAGAUCUGGGGAGAGGAGAAGAGCGGCAUCGCGGGCGAGUUCUCCGAGGUCAAGAGCGUGGCGCAGAUCGAGGCCGAGCGAGCCGAGGCCGAGGGCAAGGGCGCCAAGGAGGAGGAGCAGAGCGUGCCGGUGCGGGUGGUGCAGUUGGGCCACUUCAGAAGCACCUUCCGCCCCGUAGAUGUGCUCAGGAAGGAGCUGGAGGGACUCACCCUGGGCCGUUGA